AUGGCUCUCUCUACGCGCCAGCCCUUUGCCGAGCUCGGCAGCCCGAGACUGCAGUAUCUUUCCAGUACUAAGAACAGGCAGAAUGCCAUUACCCCCAUGUUUUCGUCCCCGCUAAAGCAGACGACGCCUUCAACAGGAAAGCGUCGAUAUUCUCCAUCGGUGUUUGAAGAGGAGGAUUCAGAGAAUUUGGAUCCUUCCAUCUUCAAUUCACCAACGAAGAAAUCUAAGACCACUGAUGGAAUAUCGAAGCCCUCCCAAUUUCCCCCCUUGACCUCUCCGUCCAAGCCCAAGCCGUCGAUCACUGCCACGCCUUCGUUUCCUUCCGUCCGGAAAGCUCUCUCGUCUCCAAACAGCAGCAAAUCAACGCCUAUAAGCCUCAGUCGCGGAUCUCCGAAACACAAGCGUGUUGGCCUCCUCUCGAAGCGCCGCACGUCUAGCACUCCUUUCCGACGUGUUGAUCCACCAUCAUUCACCCAAAGCAGCCCCGCAUUACCUUUCUCUAUUGAUGCAGCUCUCAGCGGUACCAUUCCAAACUACACCCCAAAAUCCACCAUUUCAGCACCGUCCCAAGUUUCUACCCUCGAAGAGUCCAUGCCAAACUCUUGGUUCUUCGAUAUCCACGAGGACACCCCAGAGCAGGAGGCCGCUAACAUGAUGGAGCACUCCGCAUCCGUCCUCGAUAUCAGCUCUGACGAUGACUUCGAAACGAAAAAGAGGAACGAGGAAUUGGAGCGCGGCAAAGAGAACAUCCCUCCACCAGGCUUCUUCCCAUCUUCCGCACCGCGGGCCCAGGCAUCUGGUGGCAUGGACGGCAUCGAGGCUGCCCAGGAGGCUCCUAUGGAGCACCCCAAGCGUCCAAGACUCCGAAAGAUUGCUCAAGAUGCUAUGGAUGAGGAUCGGUCUCCGUUGUCAGAUCUUCCGGCUGCAGAGUUUUAUGGUCUUGGGCUAGAUGCGACGUCUUAUGUUACUGUUGACGCUGCUAUUGAGAGACCUUCGGGUCUUUCAAAGGAGUUUAACUUUAAUAUUCCUACUCCUGAGAAGGAACCCAUCCAGGAACCCAUCCAGGAACCCAUCCAAGAGCCCGUCCAGGAACAUUUCAUCCAGCAGGAUCCCAUCCUGGAAGAACCACAAAUGUCGACACUUGAAGAGAAGCCGAUUCAGAUCUUGGUUGAUGACACUGCUACGAAUGACGUACCGUUCACCGCUCAGGAAGAGCCUGAAGCUAAUGUCCUUGAUGUACUUGGGUCUUCCGACCUGUCCUGCUCUGGAGCUUCUUGA